CUUCAAAGUACAUUUCCCCUCUCUCUCCGUUUCCCCCUCUCCCUUUGCUGUCCCUCUCUGUCUCCCAUAAAAAGUUGGGAUUUUUAACCAUUAAAGUUUCCUCCUUUUUUCCUUUCUCUCUCUCUCUCUCUCUUCAUACGACUCUCCAUUUUAUUCCACCAUUAGAGCUCCUUUAGAGGGAGGGAGGGAGGGAGAGGAGAGAGAGAGGGAGAGAGAGGGGGAUCAAAGCCCUAAUCUUUGCUUGAUUUGAGCAAAAAGUGCUUCUGCUUCUGCAAUGAAGCCAGAGGUUCGGCUAGAUUCGGCAGUGUUUCAGCUUACUCCCACUAGAACCAGGUGCGAUUUGGUUAUAACAUCUAAUGGUAGGACGGAGAAAUUGGCUUCCGGGUUGCUGAAACCAUUUCUUGCCCAUUUGAAGACGGCGCAGGAUCAGAUUGCGAAGGGAGGAUACUCUAUCGCACUCAAGCCGGACCCGGAAACCGAUGCGGUAUGGUUUACGAAGGGCACGGUGGAGAGGUUUGUUCGUUUCGUGAGCACCCCAGAAGUUUUGGAGCGGGUGACCACAACAGAGUCGGAAAUUUUGCAGAUUGAGGAGGCAAUUGCCGUUCAGAGCAAUGAUAACCUUGGUUUCAGCACGGUGGAAGAUCAUCAAACUAAAUCGACGGAAUGCGUUGAGGAUAACAGGUUGACUGCUGAUGCUGAUGCAGAUAAGGCAAUAGUUCUUUAUAAGCCCGGUUCGCAGCCUCAUCCAGCGGGGUUGAAUGGAACCACGAAGCAAGAGGAGAAUUCGAAAGUUCAGCUACUGAGAGUGCUCGAGACCCGUAAAACUGUGCUGCAGAAGGAGCAGGGCAUGGCUUUUGCACGCGCUGUAGCAGCUGGUUUUGACAUGGAUAACUUGGCGCACUUGGUCUCAUUUGCCGAAUGUUUUGGCGCGUCACGUUUAAUGGAGGCAUGCUUAAAAUUCAUGGAGUUGUGGAAGAGAAAGCAUGAAACGGGACAGUGGCUUGAAGUUGAGGCUGCCGAAGUUAUGUCCUCGCGUUGCGAAUUUCCUUCUUUUAGUUCCGCAGGAAUUGUAUUCUCGGGAGAAAGCAACAAGCAGAAUGCGGAAGUGUUGCCUGUCAAUAGUGGUGAUCGGAGCACAGAGAACGGUGGAGAAUCCGAUCAAAAUGCUCCUUUAGAUUCUCAUAAUCAAAUGGGAACCCAAAACUAUUUUCAAGGCCAAUUUCAUCAACCUGCGUAUCCUCCAUGGCCAAUGCAUCCUCCUCCGCCGGGCACACCGCUAUUUCCUCCUUAUAGUGUCAUGCAAGGCAUUCCUUACUAUCAAAAUUAUCCGGGGCCUAGCCCUUAUUUCUACCCUCCCUAUCCUCCAACGGAUGAUACUAGGCUCAACACCCCUUCCAAAAUGAGCUUAAAAAGGCAAUCUUUAGAUGGUAUAGAAAGCAAUAUUGAUUCGCAUGAUGCUAUGGGUCAGAGCACGUCAGAAUUUGAGAAAGAAAGUUCUUUAGAGGGCAAAGAUUCGCAUAAAAGAACUAGCCACUCGAGGAAGAAACAGCCCGGUGUGGUUGUUAUUAAGAACUUAAAUUACAUAGAAUCAAAGAAGAAGCAUGGAGCGUCGGGGAGUGAUUCGGGAUCGGCUACGGAGGAUGAAACCGAAGAGGAUAGCGCAGAUAUGCAAUCUAGUCCGAGAGUUAAAACAAAUAGCAAAUCUUCAAGAUCUUCAAAGAGAAAAGAUCAUCGGAAAAAUUAUGAGGAGUCUUUAGAUUCAUAUACCAAAGAUGAAAUAGGUUAUGUACAAGAUCAAGAUUCGGGAAAUUGGCAGGCUUUUCAGAGUUUCUUGCUGAGAGCCGAAGAGAAGACGAGGGCUAAUGAUAUAGACAUCUUUGCUGGUGAGAAAGAGCCUACGACAAAGAAGAAAGAACGCAGAAGGGACUCUGAUCCUUUCCUCCCUUCGGAUCGAGAUUCCAGAAAUGCUCGGGAAAAUUCAGCUCUAGGAUUUGAUUCCCUAAGUGGAAAGGGUUGUCGGAUGAAGCAAUCCUCCACUAGUGAUGAGUUCUUAGCCUCGAGCGAAGGAAGAAGUUUAAUAGAUGGCCGAUUAAAGGAAAUAGAAGGUGGUAGGGGAGGCUACAGAAGGGCUAAAAAUGAUGAAUUUUUGCCUUACGGGGAUAAAAGGCAAACGGGUAGUCAAAAUUCUUUGUACCCUCUUGAUUUCGAGCAUCCCAGCAAUUCAGAGAAGAACCCCAAGAGUGUGAGGGAUGAAUCUUUCAUGCUUCCUGUUAGGUUGGGGUCUUCGGACCAGGUUAGGCCAGAAAGAAGGACUGCUCUCGAUAUAGAAUCAGAGUUCCCUUCAGAUCGCAAGAGGAUUGAGGACUCUUAUAAUAAGCUUAGAAAUCAACUUAAUUAUGAACCAGACGAUUUGAGUCUGAUGCCUGAACGAGGAUUGGAAAGGCUCUCGAUUAAUUAUGAUCCUGCAAAAGAUUAUGAGAGUCAGAUUAUUGCUGUUGAAAAUUCAACAAAAGUAGAAGAAAAUUUAGAGGAUGCAUCAAAGAAUGUCAAAGAUUUGAAAAAACUAGACAAAGAAGGUAAGAAGUUAAUGACUUCGCUGGAUGGAUUGGAGAGAAGGAAGAAAGAAGUUGUAGUGAGGAGAGCAGCCUCUUCGAGAAUAAAUCCAUCUUCUGAAGCACAAAAACGGGCGGAGAAGCUUCGGGCAUUCAAAGCUGAUCUUCAAAAAUUGAAGAAAGAGAAGGAAGAGGAAGAGAAGAGGCGAUUGGAGGCUUUGAAAAGGGAGAGGCAAAAGAGAAUUGCCGCGAGAACUAAUCCAAAUACAACUCAUUCACCAUCAACUCCGCAACUUACUAAGCCCAGAUCGGCCACGAAGGUUUCUCCUAGUUCUUACAAAAGCUCAAAGUUCACAGACUCAGAACCCGGUUCUUCUUCACCGUUGGCGAAGGUUCCCAUCCGGAGAACUUCAAUUGGAUCUGGUGGAUCCCAAAAUGCUGCCAAGACUAGCAGAUUGAAUACUAAUUCUAAUAUGUUAAGUCAUUCGGCACCGUCACUGAGAGAGAUGAAAAAAGAGACAAAUGGUAUAACUAAAAGACUUUCCGAUCCCAAACUGAACAGCAGAAGCCGUGCAUCUGUUUCUAAGCCAGUUUCCUCCAAGUCUCAGGCAAACAAGGUAUCUGCAAUAGCGCAACUAAAUAAUAAAUCAACAACACUACCUGAGUCAAGGAUUAGAUCACCAAAAACUCUUCUGGGUACUGUUCAGAAUAAGCCAUAUACUAAAGAGUCAUCGCAGAGAAAGCCAGGAAUGAAAACAUCUGCGGUUUCAGAAAAUAGAGCGGCUAAGAGAGUAAACGAAAAGGGACCUAGAAGGAGCAAUAGCGAGGAGAACCCGGUUAUUGAGAAGACCGUCGUAAUGCUCGAAAAUGAGGUGGUUUCUUCUCCUUAUUUGAAGGCAUCUGAAACAAUAGAUGUAAAAGAUAGACUGUAUAGAGAUGAUAGCAAAGAAAAGGCUUGGAUCGGCUCAGAGUAUGCAGCUAUUAGAGCUCCGCCUUCUCCUGUUGUCGUUGGUGGGGUUGAGAGUUCCAUCAAUCAUGGCCACGAUAGCCGGAUUACUUCCUAUGAGGUGGUCAUUGAUUAUGCAAAGGACGAGUCACAAAAGUCUUUGAGCCUUGCAACCUUAGGGGGACCUUAUCAAGCCCCAUUCGCCAGAUUGUCAUCCAUAGAAGAUUCUGCUGCCAAGAAUUCGACAUACACUGAACCACUACCAGCAUAUGCAUCUGAAACAGCAACACAUGCUGAGACUAUUACAGCACGAGUACCGAAUUCCUCCUAUAUAAGUUCCAUAGACCAAGCCCAAGAAACACAUGAGAAGCCUCGGACCAAAGAAUCAAAGGGAAUAAGAAAGCUUUGGAAAUUUGGUAGGAAGAGCCAUGCUUCGGCUUCAAGUGAAGGCAACCCAGACCCUGAUGCAUGGUCUGUGGAUGAUGCCGCAGUGGGUGCUGUUUCUUCCAAUGAUGCUCACAUGCUGAAGAAUCUCAUUUCUCAAGAUGAUACCAAUUCCGGAAUCACUCCAGCUAAAGUUUCUCGCCCCUUCUCCCUUCUGUCGCCUUUCCGCGGCAAGAACAAUGAGCAGAAGACAGCUUCCUAAUGACUCAGAAGAACAAAAAAGGAAAUUGUGAGGGAGAAGCUUUUUCUUCAGUAAUGCUGAUGGAUAAACUGCACGUGGAUCGAUCGGUUAGAUUUUAAUACGUCGUAUGCGGUUGUGUAAAGUUUGUGUUUUCCCAAAUAUACUUGGUUGUUUGUAUGUGAAUUUGUUGUGCAAUGAUCAUGCUCUGUUUGGGUACAAACUUAACUCUGGCUUUUUUUUGACGGUUAAGAAUAUUUCUUACAGCAGUGGAUGUGGUUUGAUUCUCACAUUUUCUAUUGCGUAUGAAAUGGAAAGUUAAGUUUUAUUA